AUGUUGAAACCCGCCUUGCCUCGACGCCUUCUUCCCCUACCCCAACGUCGAUGGGCCACGCAUCCAACACACCAACCCUUUCCCCCAGACAUCCACGAGUGGUCGCAUCCUCCAUCAAAAGCUACUGUGUCCGACGAAGAAAUCUCCAGACUGGCCUCGAAACCUCGCCGACCUCUCACACUUGCGGAUCUAGUCAAACAUGGCAAACCUCCGUUACGAGAUGCUGAUCUCCUUUCUUCGGCAAACUUCACCGUCUCACUCCUUCCAGCCCGAUUAGCCCAUCGAAUCCAAGCCCUUCGAAACCUACCGUUCAUCGUGGUCGCCAACCCGAAUGUCUCCAAGAUCUACAACAACUACCUCCACUCUUUGUCCACCCUGGAGCCAUUCUACAAGAAACCCAUCGAGACGAUAGAAGAGGAGAUGAAUUUCACAGAGGCAAUGGCCGACUUGGUUCGAACUCAUUCCAACACUAUUCCCACUCUGGCAAAAGGGUUUCUACAGUGUCGCAAAUAUAUCGAUGCAGCCGAAGUCACCAGAUUUCUGGAUCAACACCUCCGCGCGAGAAUAGGAACCCGACUAGUUGCCGAGCAGCACCUCGCGCUUCAUAUGGCUUCUACCGGUGACGCGGCCACGCAAAAGCCAGACCCCAAUCACGUCGGCGUCAUCGAUCUUGCCUUGCGCCCUGCUGACAUCGUCCGACAAUGUGAGGGGUUCGUGUCGGAAGUAUGUGAACUCAAGUAUGGCGUGAGACCAUCUCUCGUCAUCAAUGGCGACAAGGACGCCGAGUUUGCUCACAUACCGAUGCAUCUCGAGUAUAUCAUCACGGAAUUAUUGAAGAAUGCAUUUCGAGCCACGAUCGAGUCUGGCAAUGAGCGUGAACCAAUUGAAGUUACCAUUGCCACGGCACCGGACGUGUCCACAACAAAACUGCAAGCCUUGAUGAAAUUGUCGGUGAACGAAGAGAACUCCUAUGAUUUCUCACAAGACGGUCUGGAGGAAUAUUGUUCUUCACCAGAUGCAGACAUCGGACCACUCAACUCCGCGGCGCCGUGUAUCACGCUGAGGAUCCGUGACCGAGGCGGAGGAAUCCCUCCUGACGCACUUAAUAACAUAUGGUCGUACAGCUUCACGACAUUCAACAAUGAGGAGGCGGCUGCUGCAGUGGAAGACAAUGGAACGGAUGCAGGGCUCAAUGCUAUUGCUAAUAGUGGCUCCGACCAGAGCUCCAUCGCGGGGCUUGGGUACGGGUUGCCGUUGAGUAGAGCCUACGCCGAAUAUUUUGGCGGUGGCAUUGCUCUGCAGUCCAUGUAUGGCUGGGGCACGGACGUCUACCUCACCUUGCAAGGCAUUGGAAAGAUGGAGGAAGCCAAGCAAGCUCCUAGUGGAUUUGAAAAACUGCAACAGGAGAUGGAAGAGAAAGAGUAG